AUGCCCGCCGAACAUUUUUUCGGACAUUCCAGAUCCCAAACUUACUGUGGUCUCCUCGGGACAAACGCGACAUUUGGUGUCCGAGUCUUCGACUUCCUUUAUAGUGUUUUCUGUGUUUGCUUAGUCAGAAUUCUUGGACGUUUCUUCGCUUUUUUGGCGUACCGAAUUCUGAAUGCUUCUGUAUAUAAUAACGUUUGCGAGAUCGUGUUUCUGGCACCAUUUCAAAAGCGGCGAGCAAGGCCUUCCCGCGCUUCCCACGCCACGGAUCCGAGUCACCGUCUCUGUCUUCGACUAACUGACACAGUCACGAAGGACUCUACGACGAUGAAAUUAUUUUGCUGGAUCCUCGGAAAGAGCGAACGCCCUUUUUCUGUCGACGUCGCACACGAAGACACAGUGGACGACCUCAAAGAGGAAGUUAUGAAGAAGAAUUCUCAUGCACUUGCUGGACUUGACGCAGUUCAACUUACCAUCUACAAGUUGGUAGAAGACGAUUAUCUCCUGGAAUCGGACAUUAUGUCGGACACCUUUCCUAAUCCUGAUCAAGGCUACGUCCAUGUUGUCGUACAGACUCCGUUCGUUGGUCCAGGCAAACGCAAGCCUGGCGAACCGGCCGAAGGCGUUCACGAUCGCUUGAAGCGAACUAGACUGGCCACGAUGGCUCCCUCAGAUGCAGGCAAACCAUCGUCAUAUCUGAAUCUUCAAAAUGACCCAUCGGAGAAGAUCCUGGAUGACCGACCACAUCCCGAUGCUGACAUCCCGCCUAUCCCACUUCUUUAUGACGGAUUUGGUCACUUUUUGGAUGUUAUGGCCGGUCAUGACGAUGUGCCUGGGCUCGCUGAUGUUGAUACUCGGAAGUUGCGGGAUGCAGUGGACGAUUUUGCAAACAAAAUGACAGGAUACUUUGGCCAUGAAGAUGAGCGGAGGGAUGUAGGCCUAAACUGCCUUAACGAGAUUUUUGCCGCACGCAGAGCCACUCCCAUUCCUCCGAUUUCCGCCGCUGCCAUCGGUUCUAUCAGAUCCAACGGUCACAAUCUUGCGCUUCAUGGCGCAGGGACCAUGGGUGUAGAGUUCAAAAAUUCGAUUGCCGGGAUUAAUUCACUCCCCACAGUUGAACUUACAGGCUACGUUGCGCGUUUAAAUUCAAGAGUGAACCAACAAAUCUAUGAAGGAUGGAGGGUACCUUGCCUUGGCUUGACGAUCGUUGGAUGUGAUAUCACAUUCUAUGGAAUCAUCGCCAUAGACCAUCGUUUUCGGAUUAUUCCCCUAACUCCAACUUUCUCCUGCAUUGCGUCAGCUUCGGAUGGUCAGGAUCGCACUUGUCUCUAUUCUGCCUUUGUGGCCUCAUCUGUGCUGCAAGCCUGUAUCAUCCAGGAUGCCACGAUGAAUUCGAGGAACCCGGCUGCCAUAAUUCCUACUCCUGCCCGCCAUUUUCCUGCAGUCACCAGACUGCGCAGCUACCCCCCAUCUGACCAAUACUUUAGCUUUGAGAUCCAAAGUUUCUUUCCCGACAGGCUGCCCAACCGCCUUUUGUAUGUCGCAGAGACGCCAGGUCCCAACAAGCAACGUGUCGUCAUCAAGUUUGCUCGAAAGUAUUCGAUCGAGUUGCACGAUUUUUGCGCCAGGUUAGGUCAUGCCCCAGCCAUUUAUGCUUUCGAGCGACUUCCUGGUGGGUGGUGUGCAGUAGCUAUGAGAUAUGUGGAGUCUGCCACGCUGAUCACUCAGAGCCCACUGCUGCCAACUCACCGACAGCUUUGGGAGGGUCAGCUUCGGGCCCUCAUGAAAAAAUUUCAUGAUCAGGGUCUCUGCCAUGGUGACUUGCGGAGUCCUAACAUCGCCUGCGAAGGUCAAUCUGUAAUGUUGCUCGACUUUGAUUGGGGAGGUAAAGAAGGAGAGGCAUGUUAUCCGACAUGGAGGCUCAAUGCAGAGUUGCUUGCGGGUAGGGUCAGUGAAGACCUGAAGAUCACCAAAGACGAUGAUACGCGGGUGUGGCUGCCGUGGUACAUGAUAUCUUCUACUCUCUACUUGCUGUUGUCUCCGUGA